AUGAGAUUAAUUUGUGUAACGCUGCUGCUGCUUGGCGGCGCACUGUGCAGCGCCCAGGAUGAGUCGUCGGGUGCCAGCGUCGUCAGCGGCGCGGAGGCAGCUGCUGCCGUGGAUAGCCUGACGCCUGGCAAUGCCAAUGACACCGCCGAUGAGAGACCGCGGAUACCCACCCAGGAAGAGUUACUUGCCCAGAUGCCGCCCCUGCAGCCCCUGAACAGUGGCAUACCCUCACUGGAUGCGUUCUAUUUGAUGUUUCCGGCGCUGAGCAGCCUCCUCCGCUGGGGCAGCCUCUUUCCGGCGCAGUCGCUGCUCGGUGCCAUGCCGGACACACUGCAGCCGGCCGCUUCGAAGGUGGUGCUCGUGCUGGCGGACGAAGCGAAUGGACACAAGUCGCGUGUAACGCGUCAGGAUGCAACCGCACAGCCGGCGCCAGCUCCAGCGGCACCAACAGCGAUGAACGGACCCGCGAUGCUGCAGCAAAUGCAACAGAUGCUUGGCCAGAUGCCGCCUCCGAAUCUGGGCCAGAUGUUGCCACAAGUGCCCGCCGGCUGGCUGCCGGAUGGCUUUACGCUAGGCCAAAUGCCGCCGCUGCCGGAUAACUUUAAUCUGGGUCAAAUGCCGCCACUGCCGGAUGGCUUCAAUCUUGGCCAAAUGGCGCCCGUUAUGCCCAACUUUGGUCUGCGUCCGCUGGAGAGCCUGCUCGGCCAGGCGCCAGCCGCGCCCGCCACCACAGCUGCGCCGCCGGCAGCCAAGCCAGCUAGCGAGUCGGAGCCGGCGCCAGCGCCAGCGGUGGGUCAGGCGCCGCCGGCGGCAGGUGCCGGAUUUGGUGCUCUCUUCGAUGGCAGCAACAAUCUGCUGGGCCAGGCCUUUAGUGGCAUGCCCGCAGCGCCCACGCCGGACGCCUUCAUGGCUGGCCUGCGCCAGUUCUGGCCGGGCGCAGCGCCGCCGACUGGCGACAGAAGCGCCCAGGCCUCCGAUAUAUCGGAGGUGCGCGUCAAGCCGGACAACCAGGAUACGAUCGGCUAUCGGGCACCGCAGCAGGCGCACGCACAGCUCGCUCAAAUGAAGAUCAAGUCAGCGCUGCAGCUGGAGCAGGAGAAGCAGCGCGUGCCGUUGCUCUGGUUCCGCAUGCCCAGCUCCGAGUCGCAACAGACCAAGUCCACGGAACGUGCACAGAUCGAGUCCAAGCUGCAGGCCUUUGAGCAGCAGGUAAUCGCCGAGCUGCAGCAGCUCCAGCAGAUCGAGCGGCUGGCGCGCGAGAUGCGCGCGAAUGCCCAGGGUGAAACGCCCGCCUACAAGCUGCGCUAUCCGCUGAGCCGCACGCCUGUCCACAAGAUCACCCGGGCGGACAUUGAGCGCGCCCUGCGCGACGACUAUGUGCGCCGGCUGUUGCAGAAGGAGGCGCAGCGCAAGACGAACUUCAAGCGGCAGACGCAGCAGCCGGAGCAGCUGCUCACCAAGGAGGACAUCGUCAAGGUGAUGGCCUAUGCCUAUCGCAUGGCCAACGAAAAUGCCGAACGCAAGGCCAAGGAAGAGCAGUGGGAGCUCCAGCAGCAACAGCGUCAGUGGACGGAGGAUCAGGCUAAGACGCAGCAGCAGCAACAGCAGGCAAAGGAUCAGCAGAAUGACAUGAUGAUGCGCCAGUGGACGGAGGAUAAGGCCAAGGCGCAGCAGCAGAUGAUGCAACAGCAGCCGAAUCCCAUGAUGAUGCGUCAGUGGACCGAGGAACAGAUCAAGGCCCAUCAGCAGGCAAGGGAUCGACAGAAUUCCAUGAUGAUGCGCCAGUGGACGGAGGAUCAGGCCAAGGCCCAGCAGCAGAAUACCAUGAUGAUGCAGCAACAGAAUCCCAUGAUGAUGCGCCAAUGGACAGAGGAUCAGGCCAUGGCACAGCAGCAGGCAAAGGAUCAGCAAAUGCGUCAGUGGAUGGAAGAUCAGGCCAAGACACAACAGGCCCAGGAGCAGCAACGCCAGUGGACGGAGGACCAGGCCAAGGCACAGCAAGCGAUGCAGCAACAGAAUCCCAUGACGAUGCGCCAGUGGACAGAGGAUCAGGCCAAGGCACAGCGGGAGCCGCAGCAGUUUCAGCAGCAGAUGCCCAUGAUGAUCCAGCAACAGAACCCCAUGAUGAUGCGCCAAUGGACAGAGGAUCAGACCAAGGCACAGCAGCAGGCAAAGGCGCAGCAGGAGAUGCAACAGCGUCAAUGGACAGAGGAUCAGACCAAGGCUCAGCAGCAGGCCCAGGAACGGCAGCGUCAAUGGACCGAGGAGCAGGCCAAGGCGCAGCAGCCGCAACAGAUGUCCGAGAAAUCUAUGGAACAGGCAGCCGAACGCCAGUGGGCGGAUGAGAAGAUGCGCGCCAUCCAACAGCAGCAGCAGCAGGAUCAGCCGGAUGAGGAGUCGUCGGUGCUGGGCGAGGCUAAGCCGCAGAUGCCCGAAAACGCUGGCCAGGCACGCCACAAAGUGGACGCGCUUGGCCUCGGCGGCGAUCAUCGCAAGAAAUCCAAAUCCCAUUCGUCGCCCACCGUCAUCAACUACUACCACAGUGCUCCGGCCAGUUACGGCCAGGGCUACGGACAGAACUACGGCCAGGGCUACGGACAGAGCUACGGCCAGAGCUAUGGCCAGACCUCUGGACAGGGCUACGGUCAGGCCUACGGCCAGAACUCCGCCCAGAGCUACGGCCAGACCUAUGGCCAGAGCUCUGGACAGGGCUAUAGACCCAGCUAUGGCACCAGCUACGGCGGCGGCGGGCAAGGAUCCAAUGCAUAUGGCGGCUAUCGUGCGGCCGUUGGCAACGACGAGAUCGACUCCAUGCUGCGACAGCAUCAGGUCAUGGCGACAAUAAAACCCAACAACAACAACAACGACAACAACAAGGAUGAGCAGCUGACCAGCGGGAACAGCAGCUCCUCCGCAUCCCCCCCAAACCCAUCCGCGCCCAGCAGUCAUCACAUUGAGAAAAGGUUAGCAAAUUUUUUUAGCAAAUCCUCGCCAACAUUGCGGUCAGGCAGCUGCGGCUGCGGCAGCGCUCACUGCGCCUGCGGCAGCAGCUGCCGUUGCGCCGCGGCCCAAGCCCAAACCCAAUUCCAGGGCCAAUGUCCGUGCCAGCAGGCUGAGCCGGCUGGCCGGCGCAGACGCAGCGCGGAAUACGGCACGCUGGAGACCAUUGAUGAGGGCUCGCUAAAUGCGCUGAGAAAGGAGUACAAGCUGGGCCUGAAGGAGAUCACGCUCAGUCCGGACGAGGAUCCGGCCGAGGCGCUGAUGCGCUACAAUGCCGCCUCCAUACGCGAGGCACUCGAGCGCGCCAGCCAGGAGCCGCUGGAGAUCAACGGCGAUCAGCUCACGGCAGGCGAAAUGGCCGCCCACCAAGAGGAGCUGGAGUAUGCCACCGAGCCGACGUUGGUGACAAGCACCGCAGCCCCCACGCCCGCUGUCAGCAGCACGGAGCGUGCCCAGCAGGAUGCGCCCAGCAGCGAGCGGGCAGCGAUAACCGCAGAGCUGGCCGCGACACGCGCCGAAUUCAAGCAGCUGUACGGCCUGAUCGAGAGCCUCAAGGAGCAGCUGACCAAGGCGGAGCAGCGGCUGCGGGAUUGCAGGCAGCCGGUGACAGCCACAACGAGCAGCAGCACGAGCUCUAGCACGAGCACGAGCACGACGACCACGACUGAGGCGCCGAUGCCAUGGGCGCAUCUGCUAGCCAGCAAAGGCUACGAUACCAACUAUUUGUCCAAGACGCACGAGCACCAAUAUGCCCAGGGCGAGCAGCUGGACAUGCCCAAGCCGGAGUCGACGGGUUCCGGUGAUUAUAGCUACCAGGAGCUGCAGCCCUACGAGCCGGACAACAAGCCCAAGCGCGCCACGGACGUCAAUAACGGCACCGCGACGACGACGGAGCAUUCCACAGCGGCGCUGCAGCAGGCGCGGCAGCUGAAUGCGGCGCUCCACAGUAAUGCCAUAGCCGAUAAGGGAGACGAUGAUGCGGCUAAUAUAAGCACCAGCACGGCGACGCCGUAUGCGCUGCGUGGUAAAUUUGUGCGCAGGCGGAGCACCGCCCGGCUGGGAUUGCGGACGACGCGGCAAGCGAAGGUAACGAAGGCAUCCAGCGAGAAUGCGGAGCUGUCGCUGUUGCGUGUGCGCAGCACGAAGCUAGAUCAACUGAUCGAUGUCUUACACGAACUCCUACGUUUGCAGCUCCAGCGGGAAAAUGCGCUCGCCAAGAUAAACAGCUCCAGCUCCAGCUCCCGCGCCAGCUCCACCAGGCGUCCCAGCAAAGUCUCGAAGCGUUUGCGCCGGCGACGCAAGCAGCGUCCUAGCAGCAGCCCCAAUAACAUCAAUUCAUCUAUUUAA